UGGUGGGCUGCAGCCGUUGGGCUGCCUUACGCUCCGCUUGGGUUCCUCAGCUCGCGCUCCACCCGCUCCACUCGUCGCCGGCGCCGCCCCCGGCCUCCUCGCGCAGGAGCUUCUCCUCAGUCCUCACCGCGUCCCCGCGCCCGCCCCCGCUGCAGCAGCGCGUGCUCGCGACCCCGCUCUCCUCGCCGCUGCCGGCACGGUCUCCGUGGGCGCCGCCGCUGCGAUUCUCCCUAGGACGCCGGCGGCCGGCCCCCAUCUUGGAGGUCACCAACCUCCCCGCCGGCAAGGACAAGAUCUUCCAGUGACGCUCCCGCUCAAGGGCAGCCCCGGCGCGCUGCUGCAAGCUUCAAGAAGUUGUUGGGAACGAGGGGAGCCAGACAAGCCAGCAAACAAUUAGAUGGAGGCAGUGGUGCGGAAGGUGCAGCAGCGGGUGAGGAAGGUGCGGGAGGAGAUGGACUUGUGGGAUGACCUCAACUCCCGCCUCCUUACUAACUUCGACAGGACCGCGGUAGUCAUCGGUCGCCUUCCGGUGCUUGGAGAGGACAAGAAUUAUGGUGCCUUGCAUAGUGUGGCUAACAUCCCAGAUGACCUCAUGGGGAAGCAGAUUGAGAGUCUGGAGCUCAUGCUUGUUUCUAUGAGGGAGACACUGGAGAAGUUAAAUGGCGUUGCGAGAGCUCUAAAUAAGGCUCUGCGUGAUACUAAGCAGAUGGUGAGAGGCGGGUCAGCACUCACAGUGAAACAGAUGCAAUUAGAAGUGGGAAUUUUGCCAACUAUUGCAGAAUGCUUGGAUGGGCUUCGGACAUUAUGCGAGAUGCACCAGGCUGAGUUUGCACUAAAAUCAUCAGUUAUCUCCUUGUUGACAUGGAAGAGCAGUUCCAGUGACAUUGCUGCACUCCGCCAACUCUUAGUUGACCAGCCAAACAUACCAAAAGAUGAAGGCGAGUAAUUUCAAUACAUAUUCGACAUUAUAUUUGCAGACGAAAUUUGUUAACCAGCUCGUAUUUGAACUGUUGAAGCCUUGGACCCUAUGAAAUUUCAUGUUCAAUGAUCCUGAUUGUUGAAGCAGUUCGACCAAGCCAUGUCUUUAUUUCCGUCAGCAACAGUUAUUGAACACCUGGAAUCUGUCUUUGUUUCCACCAGCAACAGUGGUUGGAGAACUGGAGCUGCCAUCGGUUUAGUUCUGAAGCAUAGGAAAAAGCAAUCCACAAUGUAGUUAAACAUAUUGCAAAUGGCCUAUUAAUGUCUUUUGGUGUUGUGUCGCAUACAAGGAUCUUAGAAAAAUACAGUGAUGGUCUGGUAGACCUGCUGCAGGUACAAACACAAGUGAAAUAGUUGCCUGAAAUUUGCAUACCCGUAAUGACCAAGGACAACAUUGUUUGGUAACUAAUCUUCUUUCUCAUUCCCUCAUCUACCAUACAUUGUUUUCUUGUUGCAUUGGGAAUAUUCGCAGUGUGCACCUCUGUAAAUUAUUUGAAAGGCACUUUCAGUUUGUC